GCCACCUGGAAUAUUUAGUAUUGCCGCAGUCCCCGGGUCUGGGGUGCCCUGCGCUUUGGUUGAAGUGUUUCUCUUAGGGGGAGAGGCGGAGUCCGCGAGCCUGUAAAAGGGCCUGGGUUAUUUUGUCCUUUUUCCCUUUCUGAUUAGUCAAGUUUCCAAGGAUUAGGUCUCUGGCUUUGGAAGAUUUCUUGGCCUACAAAAUGCUUCGAUAUCCAUAUUUUUACAGAACAUAUAAUAGACUGUUUUCACACUUUGUGGAUUCCGGUGCAUUGAAUUUGGAUGUCUGUCCCCACACAAUCCACACUACAGCAGCACUGCAUACUGAAUCUAAAGCUGUGGAAGGGACAGCUCUGUGCGGCACUCAGAAGGUCUACAGAUCUGAAGAGAAAGAGUCGGAAGCCAUGGCUAAAUUACAUAUCCCAGUAAUGGUGGAUGAAGUUGUUCAUUGCUUGGCACCACAAAAGGGACAGGUUUUUCUAGAUAUGACAUUUGGUUCAGGAGGACACACAAGAGCCAUUCUGCAGAAGGAACCAGAUGUUAAGGUCUAUGCCUUAGACCGGGACCCAGUGGCUUAUGCGAUAGCUGAGCAGCUUUCAGGACUGUACCCGACACAGAUCCAAGCUCUGUUGGGCCAGUUCAGCCAAGCGGAGGCGUUGCUAAUGAAAGCUGGAGUGCAGCCAGGAACGAUUGAUGGAAUCCUUAUGGACCUGGGGUGUUCUUCCAUGCAACUUGAUACUCCUGAACAAGGUUUCUCCCUUCGGAAAGAUGGCCCCUUGGACAUGAGGAUGGAUGGAGAUAGGUACCCUGACAUGCCCACUGCUUCUGAUGUUGUGAAUGCUUUAGAUCAACAAGCACUUGCAUCCAUCCUAAGAGCAUAUGGAGAGGAAAAACAUGCCAAAAAAAUUGCUUCUGCGAUCAUUCAAGCACGCAGCACAUACCCUAUCUCUAGAACCCAGCAGCUUGCCAGCAUUGUUGCAGGUGCCUUUCCUCCCUCUGCUGUCUAUGCAAGAAAAGACUUGCUACAAAGAUCCACCCACAUCGCUACCAAGACUUUCCAAGCCCUUCGCAUCUUUGUGAACAAUGAGCUCAAUGAGCUCUAUACAGGACUGAGGACAGCACAGAAGUUUCUGAAAACUGGUGGUCGACUGGUCGCCCUCUCCUUCCAUUCCUUAGAAGAUCGUAUUGUCAAACACUUUUUGCUUGGGAUAAGCAUGACAGAAAGAUUUAACCUGAGCAUUAGACAGAAGGUGAAGCAAACUUCCCAGCUGGAUUCAGAUCAUGAGAUUGAGGAGAGAAACUCUGUAAGAGCUCCUCUGAAGUGGGAGCUGAUACACAAGAAGGUACUUACUCCAGAAGAUCAAGAUGUCCGAGAUAACCCCAGAGGGCGCUCAGCCAAGCUCAGAGCAGCCAUCAAAUUAUAAGGAUCUUAUUAUUUGAUCCACAAGUUUUUACUCAAUAUUUCUAUUUUUUUUUCUAACUUAAAACUGUGUUUCUGAAUGUAAUGUAAAGUAUGGGGCAUUCUGGACAUUAAUGUUAUUUAGCUUUUUUUUUUCCCUCUGAAUAAAAUGUGGGAAGUUUUAACAUGACAUAAAAAACUUUAACUCCGGGAGCUGAGUCUUAAGAAUGGAAAACAAUGUUGAUGUUGAUCUCUGCAUUUUAUUUUAAUUAUAAAAUGUAAUUUUUUCUUUCAUGAGAAAAUGGAAGAACUAUGAUAUUGUAUUAAUCUGAAUUUGUAAACUCAAGCUGCUGAAGAAAAUAAUAACCAUAUCUGUAUGCCCUAAAUUCGAAAUUGAUAUAUUCACAUUUGCAGUGAACUUUCAAUGGCUUAUAUAAUUCAUCAUGGUCAUGGAAUAAAUUAUAAUUUCCCCUAACAUAACUUUAUCAAAUGUAAGCUUUUUACAAAUUUUAAAUUCUCAACAUUAUUUAAAAUAUACCAUACUGGUAGUCUUCACUAAUGAGUUCCUAGUUCAUUUGAAGGCAUUUUUCAAUAUGAUCCAUAUUUCAUACAUUGAAAAGGAGGCAUGUCGAACUGCUCUAACAACCCUCAUAGAAAAUCUGAGGUCCAGAACUUCUAUUUGCUGUGUGUUGUAUCAAUACUCUUAGUAAACAAUGUAAUCACUUGUUUCAUCUUGCGUUUUUUGUUUCCUUAAAUAAUUUUAAAUCUUGUGCAAAGUGGUAAGUUUCACUAUGGCAUUUUCAU